GGCUAGGCUCGGGUCGUAAGACUCGGUAAGGACGUUGAGGAGGCUAAAUAAAAAAGACUGCAGAGGAAUUUGAGACAAUCAGAUGGACCCAAAUGCUGAAGAUCGACCUCCGCAAGUGGAGUUGGUAGAAGUGGACGUAGAGGUUUCUCCGGAGGUACCUAGUUCACCUAGAGUGAAUGAAAAGGAGAGGGUUUAUCCUUCUCAGCCGGUACUGGAUAUUCCUAGUUCAAGUUCGAUAUUCCGAGCUGCUUUGCCUCAUGAUGAACCCCCAGAUCCAGAGAGAACUCAACAACAGCAAGAAGAAGAAUUCCAACGAAAGCUUCGAGGGGAAUACGAAGCUGCUCAAAGACGUGUUUCUGAUGUUGUGACAGGAAACAUGCAUCGACCUCUACGUCUUUCUUCCAUCCGACUCUCCCCUCAACCAUCGUCAACACGAACCUCAUAUCUCAACUCUCUUCUCUCACCUUUCAUAUCACCCUCUCACCAUCCAUGGAUGCCAAAGUGGCUUUACCCCGCCCCUCCCCCUCCAGGAACACUUCACGAAGUGUUGCUCACUACCCGAGCUCUGAUGCAUCAUCUAGAUAAGAUAGGGAUAUUUGACGUUGAUCAAUCUGGUGUACGUUUGGAGCCGAAACGCGGAGGAGAAGAGGAUGAAGUGGAAUUGGUGCUCGCUUUGAAAGAGAGGAGUAGAUUGUUCUUCAAAGCUGGUACGGAAGUUGGUGGUGGGGAAGGAGGAGGAACUGUGACAGCUAGAAUACGAAAUGCCUUCGGAGGUGCAGAGUCAUUAGAAGCCAAUGCUUCUAUAGGUACAAAGACCAAGUCGUCUUAUCAAGUCAUGUUCAACUCGCCUAUACUAGCUUCUCCAUUGUUGUCAUUUGCCCUGUCAGCAUUCUCCCUGGAUAGGGAUAAUACAGCAUUUGCCUCGCAUCGGGAAGCAGCAGGAGGGGGUAGGGCGAACCUCAGCGCUAUCGCUCCUUGGGGCAGACAUGAUCUGACAUACGAAUAUAUACAACGGGAUAUUACCCAUCUUUCCCCGACUGCUUCUGUCUCAAUACGCGAGCUGGCUCAUCCGUCAACCAAGAGUAGCUUGAUACAUACCUGGACUUCAGAUACCAGGGAUGAUCCAUGGACGGGUACCAGUGGUCGUCUGCUCAAAUUCAGUCAUGAAUAUUCUGGGCUGCCUGGUUCAUCGCAAUUUGCACACUUCUUCAAAUCAACCACUCAAUCACAACUCUCCCGUGCACUCCACACGGGGUCGAACAUUCAUUACUCUGUCUCCUCACUUACCACCCUUCUCUUACCUUUAUACUCUCGAACAUCCUCCGCGGAUGGUCAUCCACCCGUCACCUAUCUACCCGACCGGACUUAUCUUGGAGGCCCAAAUUCCGUACGAGGCUGGAAAGUUGGUGGAUUAGGAAGACGAGAUGGACCGGAUUCCCUCGGUGGUGAUCUUGCUUGGGGUUUAGGACUCUCUGUUUUUGCUCCUAUACCAAAGAAAGAACAUUGGCCAUUGAAACUGCACUCAUUCUUGAAUAUCGGCAAGGUGGUUGGUUACGAUACCAAUCGGUCAUUUUCAGAAAAUAUGGGCAGAUUGUAUCGAAGUCCUAAUCUCAGUGUGGGUUUAGGAUUGAUGUAUCGACUUGAUCCUAUACGGAUAGAACUCAACUUUACACUGCCACUUGUAGGAAGAAAGAACGAGCGUUUGUCUCGAGGUCUAGGUGUGGGAGUAGGCGUAGAGUUCCUCUGAUCUCUGAGCAGUUUACCAGUUGCAAACUUAGUAUCUGACUUGUCACGAUGCGUAAAUGCCAUGAUGCCACUUUCUAUAGGAUCUUGUACGAGUAGAACCUCGGGAGCAAAUUUAGGGAUCGGCCAUAUCGGGCAAUUGGAUUCCAGUCGAAAUGUCGGAAUGAUAGAACCAACUCAUCUUCAUUACACAUGCAUGCUCUCUUCUUUUC